AUGGGCUCUGAAGCGGGAACUUUCAAGUGCACAUUCAAGGACUGUGCGGCAAAGCCGUUUCAAACGCAGUACCUGCUCAACUCUCACGCAAACGUACACUCCUCGGCUCGGCCACACUACUGCCCUGUCUAUGAAUGCCCACGGAGCAAGCCCGGUCAAGGGUUCAAACGCAAGAAUGAGAUGAUUCGCCAUGGUUUCGUACACGAGUCACCCGGCUAUGCUUGCCCCUUCUGCCCGGACCGCGAGCAUAAGUACCCGCGACCGGAUAACUUACAGAGGCAUGUCCGAGCACGCCACACUGACAAGGACAAGAAUGACCCAAAGCUCCUCGAAGUACUCUCUCAGCGCCGUGACGGCCUCAGCCGUGGCCGCCGGCGAAGGGGCGCCCCUCAAUAA